AUGUCUGCUGAAAUUCCAACGAUGGCCCAUCUUGGACUGUACGGUCCUCUCUCGAAACCUUUCGAGUUGUCCUUGAGCGCCAUUAAGAGCGUCCUGGAGCCCGAGAAUCCGUCCUACUCGAGUGAGUUUCCCGGCUACGUAUCCUAGGAAAAAUUUGGCUGCGCAUCGGCUGUCUUAGGCUUUCAAACAGUCCCUUUCCUUGUCCAGAGCUAUGUAACAUGGUUCGGUAGAUAAAAAAAGUUCCUCCAGUGUUUCCUGGCUACGUAUCCUAGGAAAAAUUUGGCUGCGCAUCGACUGUCUCAGACAUCCAGAGCUAUGUAACACGGUUCGGUAGACGUACAAACUUAUGUCUUUUUCGAACUAGUUUCCUGGCUACGUAUCCAAAAUUGGCUGUGCAUCGACUAUCUCAAGUUCCUUUCUCUCUUUCCUAAUAAAGUAGAUCGCUCAGUUUCUGUCCUACUGAGUUCCUUGGCUACGUAUCCCAGUGAAAAUUUGGCUGCGCAUCGACUGUUUUACGCUUUCAAGCAUUCCCUUGCCUUGUACAGAGCUAUGUAACACGUUUAGGUAGACGUAAAAACUUCUGACUAGUUUCCUGGCUACGUAUCCAAUAUAUUGGCUGCGCAGCGACUAUCUCGAAUUCCUUCCUCUCUUUCUUAACCCAAUACUAUGAAAAUUCUUUAGUAGAUGGCUCAGUUUCUGUCCUAGUUCUUUGGCUACGUAUCCUAGAGAAGAUUUGGCUGCGCAUCGACUGUCUUAGGCUUUCAAACAGUCUCUUUUCUUGUCCAGAACAAUGUAACAUGCUUCGGUAGAGUUUCCUGGCUACGUAUCCAGAUUUGGCUGCGCAUCGACUAAGUUCGUUAUCAUGAUAAGUGCUGGCUACGUAUCCUCAAAAAAAAAUUGGCUGCGCAUCGACUGUCUCAAUUUUUUACCCCUGUUUCUUUUUCCGAAAUGGCUCCGUAUCCUUAAUUUUCAUGGCUACGUAUCCUCGAGAAAAAUUGGCUGCGCAUCGACUAGCUUAACACUUCUGUACAAUAUGUUUAUUGCAAGAUUUUCGACUGGGUGUUCUUCAAAAUAAAAAAUGAAGUACUUGAGUAUUUUUCUUGGCUCCGUAUCCUCGAGAAAAAAUUGGCUGCGCAUCGUCUACCUCAAAAUUUUUUGAACAGUCCUGCUCUUGUUCCAAAGCUACUAUAAGGAUAACUUUGAACGAGUGGCUCCGUAUCCUUGCAAAAUUUGGCUGAGCAUCAACUGACUUAGUGUGACUUUUUUAAUGUUUUGAACUGAAUUUUUUUACUUCGAAUGUUCAUUUUUUAGGCUGCUUAUCAAUUUUUUUUUUCCAAUGUUAGUAAAAAAAAAUUUUCUUUCGGUUAGUAGCAUAUUUCCAUCUGGAAAAGUUUCCCUCCGUAUCAAAGCUUUGAAUUAAAAAACUUGGCUGAGCAUCGACUUUAGACUCUUUAUUGAGAGUUUCGUUCAACUUGAUUUAAAUCAAAAAAAAACCAUAUUUUGCUGCGCAUCAACUCAAAUAACGUUCUGUGGCUCCGUAUCAACAUUUUUCGGCUGAGCAUCGAACAAUUUUUUUUUGAAAUUUAAAUUUUGCUCUUCUUUAACCUCGAUUUUACACCAAUAUUGAACAAAAAUGAGCAAACUUCGUAUCAAGAUUUGGCUGCGCAUCGACUGGAAUUUGCUACUUUCAAGCCCUUUUCUGAAAAGUUGUUCAAAUUUGAGAUUUUACUUGUUUUUUUGUCGAUUUUAAAUGAGAAAAUUUGAUUUUUUGUAAUUAUAUUGAAAAAUUCGGUUCUUUUGUGUAUGAAAAUGGCUGAAUGUGAUGAAAUUAGAUAAUUAAAAAAUUAGUUCAAUAAUUAAUUAAUCGAAGGCAUUUCAGAACGAGUGCCAAACUGUCAAAAAAAUGCGGACAACACGGCCGAAAAUCCCGUCUGAAGGGUCACAAACGGUAAAAAAAUUAGCUUUCUCAGAUGAGAUUACGGUUUCAAGAAGAGUAUUUAAAUUGAAAAAAAUUUAUUUUAUAAUUCCGCUGGGAAGAUAAACUCAUCUAAUUUCUAUAUUUUUUUCCGGUAAAAAGUAAAAAAAUUUUUUUCCCAGUGGUUUGAGAGAUUCUUCGAUUUUUUUCACUAUAAAAAAAUGAUGAAUUUUAAAUUUUUUUCCAGUAUUUUUUUCAGUUUAAAAAAAUCGAAAAAUAUUUUUUUUUGUUCCAGUACAAUUUCCUCAAAGCUUAGCUCAAACAAUAGCUUUUUUUGGUUUUUUUCAGAAAAAAAUAUUGCGUGUCUCUGAACAAAGACAUUACUGAUACAAUUAAAGUACAAUUUUGAAAAAAAUAAAAAAAUAAAUUUUUUUCAGCGUUUGCCCGUACCGCGACUGCCCUUGCGCUAAGGUGAGUGCACAGUUUUUCGAUUAAAGUAACCUAGAAUUAUAAAAAUUCAGAGGCUUAAAAAGAAAAAUGAAGAGAUUUAAACUACAGUAACGCGCUAAAAUAUAGAAAAAGUUUGAAAGUAUACGGAAAAAUGCACAUUUUUCGGCUAGAGUAACCCAUAAAAAACAAAUUAUAAAGAUUCAAAGUCUACAGUAACCUAUUGAAAAGUGAAUGUAGAGGUUUUUCAACUACAGUAACCCGAAAAAAAUUAAAAAAAUUAAGGUGGAAAAAUUAUACGAUUUUUCCGGAAAAAAAUGCACAAUUUUUGGGCUACAGUAAUCCUCAGAAAAUUGAUUAUUCUUUGAAACCUAGAAGGUUUACACAUUUUUUGGCUACAGUAAUCCGUCAAAAAUUUAUUUUUAAAUGUUGCGAAAGUGAAGCAGCUGCUCGGAACGAAUAAUUUUUGUUGCCAAAACGUGAAUUUUUUAAAUCAUCUUCCCGUUUCAAAGAAACUAUAAAUACUAACUUUCUUGUGUUCAACAUUUCAAGUAGGGAAUUCAAAUUUUUCGAGUCAAGGCCCCGUUUUUGGAACGGAUCAGACCGGAUUUUCUUUAUAAAACUUGUAUAUAAAUUUCGAGGAAAAACUAAAAUCUAGGCGACUUUUCUGAUGAUUCCAUGUUGUUGGAACGGAUUAUAAAUGUCUGAGUUUUUUUUUUCGUUGGAAAAAUUCGCGAGAAGGGAAAAUUUUUAAAGGCGCAUGAGACGGUCCCAAUAAACAAAUUUUACGAGUAGAAACGGUUAAAAUUUUUGCCUUCAUUAGAUUUUUGAAACUGUAAAGUUAGGAAAUUAAAGGAGCAUGGCUUGUUUUUUUGCAAAUUUUUUUCUCAUUUCAAAUAACUUCAACUUUCAAAAAAAUAGGAUUUCCCGUAUUUUUUUAUGGCCCCAAGAAAGAGAACAAGAUGAUUGUUUUGAUAUAAAAAAAUUUUUUUGGUCCCGCACGGAAACUUGAAAUUUAAAGGAGCAUAGCUCCAUUUUUUGUGAUAUUUUCAAGUUUCAAAGACAUUUUUUUGAUUGUUUUUGAAUCCUUUUCUCUCAUUUAAACAGUUAAAAAAAAAAAUUAAAAUUUGUUUUUUUGGUCACGCAGGGAAACUCGAAAUUUAAAGGAGCAUAGCUCAAUUUUUCGUGAAAUUUCCACGUUUCAAAGACACUUUCAAGCUUGUUUUUUUCUUUUUUACAUUGACAAAGCUUGAUUGCGUUUAAAGGAGCAUUUUCGUGCUUUUUUCUUUAUUUCGUUCAUUUUUCAUUUUUCUGGUCCCGAAACGAACGGAAAAACCAUGUUUAUAACUCAACAUUCAGGCUUGUUUCAUUCGUAAUUUGGCCUCCGGGGUUGUUUUGACGGAAAGCCGUUCGUUUCUCGAAAAAAGAGCUCAAUUUCAGACCCUUUUCCUCUUUUCCCUCUCCUCUCCCUUCAACGUUAUCUCGCUCAAUCAGCUGAUCCUCUUUUCCGCCUCCGCGUUGGGCGUUGUCUCUCGCCAGUCAGCUUCUACGUUUUCGUCUUUCUUUCACAAGGCUAUUCAUAAACGAUUUCGCGGCCGACGAAAACAAUCCUCGAGACUCGCUGAUUAGUAUUAUUAUUAUAAGUAUUUUUCGAGAAACUUUUUUUCGAAAAUAUACGAUUUUUCGGAAUCUCGUCUUCAUAAGUGAGAUAAAUUGGGAUUUUUUUACGAAACGAAAAAAACGAUAAAUUUGGGAUGUUUUUUUGAAGAGCUUCUGCAUGAAAAAAAGCUUCUUAAAAAAAUUGAAAUUCGAAAAAUUAUAAUUACAGUUUCUUUGAGUUUUUGAAAGGAAUGAGACCUCGAUGAAAAAAAUCGAUGAAGAGAAAAAAAUUUCUGGGAAAAAAAUCAGAAAAAUCUUUAAGAAUUUUUUUAAAGCUUAUGCUGAAAGGUCCAGAAAUUCCCGUUGAAAAAAAUCAGAAAAAAAGUUUUUUUAUCUAAAAAUUAUUUAAUUAAAAUUUAAUAAAGUUUGGACUUCGAAACCUUGAAAAAAAGGCAAAAUUUUUUUCAGUUAGAAUUAUUUUUCCCAUAACCUUUUAUAAAAGUUCCUAAUUAGGUAAUCGUUGCGGGAUUUGUUUAGAUUUCAAAAUAAAGGGGAUUUUUUUUUUUGAGUUUUCAAGCAAUUUUUUAAUUUUUAACACCCGGAGAACCUUUGGGAAAAAAUCAGAAAAUGGUCAAUUGUACAAAAAAAAUUCCGGACCUUUUCUAGAUUUUUUUUCAACUUUUGGGCAAUUCUUCAUUCUAAAACCCCUCGAAACUUAAAAAAUGCUAAAAUGUUUCAAAAUUAGUCCGAAAAAUCCCAAAAAGUCGGUUGAAACGUGGAUUUUUAUGAUUUUAACUGUCACAGGAUCAUUAAAAAUACAGGAAAAAGGGAAUUUUACAAAAAAGAAAAAAAAUUCACAAUUUUUCUGGUUUUUAUAUUCACAUUUUGAGCUUUUUCUUGCUUUGGAAAUCCUAGGAACUUUCAAAAUUUCUCUAAAAACCCUAAAAAGUAAGUUUAGAAUGAUUUCCUGGGAAUUUUUCUUCGAUUUUAUGAUUUUUGACGGCCUCAGAAUCAUUGAAAACAUGAAAAAAAGUGAUUUUUUUAGGAAAGGAAUAUAUUUUUUUACAUUUUUUUACAGUUUCUUUUUUUCAAAGUUUGAGCUUUUUCUCUUCCUUUCAAAACUCGUGAAACUUAAAAAAAUGCUUAAGAGUCGUUUGAAACGGAAUUCAUGGAAAUUCGCUUUGAUUUUUUUAUGCUUUUAACUGUCUCGGGACCAUUGAAAAUUUAGGACAAAGUGAAUUUUUUUGAAAAAAAGAGAAAAAAAUUUCAGACUUUUUAAAUUUUUGAGCAUUUUUCUUCUUCUCAAAGCCCUCGAAACUCAAAAAAAUGCUAAAAAGUCGGUUGAAACGAAAUUUUUUUGAAAAAAAUUCGCUUUGAUUUUUCAGGAUUUUUAACAGCUCCAUAAUCAUUGAAAAUUCUGGGAAAAGUGAAUUUUUUUAGGAAAAAGAAAAAUUUCUGACUUUUUUUGUUUCUUUUUCAAAUUUUGAGCUUUUUCCUUUCCCUCAAAAUCUUUUCAAAAUCCCCCAAAAAAACCACAAGAAUCGAAAAAAAGAAGAAGACGAGACAAAAAAAAGUGUUGUUGACAUGGGAGGGAUGAAGAAAUUUGAGCCAAUUGUUUUUGACGUUCCGUUUGAUAAUUCCAAAAAUGGAAUUUCCUAGCCAUCCCCAGCAGCUACAGCUGUAGUAUUUGAGAGCAAAAACAAAAAAAAAAAGAGUUUCGUAAUGGGCCUGAAACUUUGUUUUCGCCCUUCCUCCUAGUUGUUUUUCAGGUCCCCUCAGGGCUUUUUCCUAGAGCCGGGGAGGAAAAAACGUUGUUUUCGGGAUUUGCAACCCUUCGCUCAAUGUUUUUGAUGAAUUUCAGUUGAAACCAUUGUGUUUUCGAGGGGUUUUGAAGUAAAAAAUUCAAUUUAUGAGAUCUUGGUAUUUUUUCAAGUUUUGAUGAGUUUUUCAAUGGAAAUCUAUAACAAUCAGGAUCAGAAAAAUUUUUCAAAAAAAUCGAGCCAAAAAAAUCAGAAACUCGUCGUUGAUGAAAAAAAGUUAAGAAAAAUCUCGGUCUUUUUUCAAAUUUCUGUAGUUUCUUGAGUUUCAAAUCAUUUUUUUCUCAUUUUAGAAUUUUUUUAAAACUUUGAAAUUCCAUUCAAAAUUCAUCAAGAAAAAGAUCAAAAUGAGGAAAAAAAAUCCAAAAAAAUCGACCUUGUUUACCAAAAAAAAGUGACGUCAUAAACUGGUGACGUCACUUUUCAUAAGCUUCUUCUAAUAUAAACUUGAUUUUUUUAAUUUUUUAAACCACGAAAAAGGCCUUUAAAACCUCUAAAACGUCUCGAAACUUCUAGAAUCCGCUCCAAUGACGUCACUUGUAACUUUCAAAAAAACACGUGACGUCGUUUUUUUCAUGAGCUUCUUCUAAUAAAUUUUUUUAACUUAUUAAAUUUCAUUUUCAAUUUUUUUCGACCAAGAAAAAAAGAUCUUUUAAACUUCUGAACUUUGUUCUAAUGACGUCAUUUCAUUUUUUAAAAAGUAUGACGUCACUCUGUAUGACGUCACGAGCUUGUUUUUAUAAAAACACCUUUUCCAAACCUAUUAAUAUUAAUUUUUUUCAAUUUUCGCCACCACGAAAAAAAGACCUUCAAAACUUUUAACUUUGCUCUAAUGACGUCAUUUCAGUUUUUUUGAAAAAGUAUGACGUCACUUUUUCUGAGUUUAUUCUUAUUAAAAAAAACAUUUUUAAACUUAUAAAUUCCAAUUUUUCUAUUCCGCGACCAACAAAGAGACCUUCAAAACUUCCAUACCUUCUUCAAACUUCUAAACUCCGCUCCAAUGACGUCACUCACACUUUUCGAAAAACACCUGACGUCACUUUUUUCGGAAAUUAUGAGGGCGUGGCCGUGUCUACGGUGUUGCAAGUCGCCUGAGGGUGCACUCCUGGGGGCCACGCCCACUUUUUGCACUCUGCUGCACUUUUACCGUAGUUCUUCGCUCCUCCUCUAUGUUGUUUUUGUUGCAAAACGACUCGUGAAACCGAAACUGGAUCUGUCUGGACUCUUGCGAGGGGCCACUCUAGGGGUGGGGAAAAAUUUGCUGAGUGAUGUUUAGAAAAUACAGUCAGACUGAAGGAAGGAGUGAGAGUUGUAAGCUUUUUUUUAAGGACUAAGAAGUGGUCACUUGAGGGCUGUUAUUAAGGUCAGGACCGCGCCAAGUGGUCACUCUAGGGACGAUCAAAGUUUUCCUGAGUAAGGUUUGGAAAGUACAGUCAGACUGAAUGAAGGUGUGACAUUUGAAAGCUUCGUUUUGAGGACUUAGAAGUGACCACUUGAGGGGUGUUGUUGAGAUCAGGAACGGGCCAAGUGGUCACUCUAGGGACGGGAUAAGUUUUGCUGAGUAAGGUUCAGAAAGUACAGUUAGACUGAAUGGAGGAGAGAGAGAGUUGUAAGCUUCUUUUUAAGGACUAAAAAGUGGUCACUUGAGGAGUGUUGUUGAGAUCAGGCUGGAUUUGUACUUUUAAACUGUAAAAGUGGUCACUUAAGUUAUUUUGACGUCAUUUUCCAUCACGAUGAAUUUCUAGGCUUUAUCAGAAAUUAAGAUUACGAGGGGCCAUUUAAGAGGUUUUCCCUGGAAUUUGUGAUCCAGGAUUAGCUAUUGAAAACUUACAAAGUGCUAAAUUUGUUAUUGAGUAGGUUUUAAGAAGCUUUAUUAUUAAAUAUUGAAAAUACAGCCUGUUUUGAACUUUUGGUCUGAGAACGACGUCUUGAGCUCCAUUAAUUCCAGGAAUUGACAUAUUUUUCCUUUUCAUAUGUAAACAAGACGACGUUGGGAUGAAUUCUAUGAAAAAAGCUGGAAGGUAGUAAAUUAAGAAGGGACCACUUAAGGGGUGGAAGACAUUUUUUUCAUUUUCAUAUAGCAACUUAGGGAUAAACUACGUAGCCCAUAAAAAAGCUUGGAGGGAGUAAAAUUGAAAAGUGACCACUUAAGGGGUGGAAGACAUUUUAGGAGCAUUUUUAGCCAAUUUUUGAAGAAUGAACCGUUUUUUUACAUAAUUAGGCAAGUGAACCCUAUAGGGCUUUUCAUUUUAGCUUCCAGAGAUUCAAAGCAAACAGUUAUCAAGCUUUAAAUUGUGGAUAAAUGGGUCUCUGGUUCGACUCCCGCCCUGGUUUUUGCUUUUUUCCAAAAAUCAUUUUUAGACCGAAAAAUCAAGUUAUUUUGAUCUCAAACGAGGUGAAAGAUCUCUUCAAAUGUUAUUUUUGUCUCUAAUUGGCAAGAGAAAAUUUUUUCGAGCGUGCAAAAAAAAAUGGGUGAUCUUGUGAUGUACAUGGGAAGCUAAUUAAUGCUUCAUUAAAAGUUUCUAAUUUGAGAAAUUUUUUUAGUCAGAGCCUUUAGAACUUUGAUAUUGGAAUUUUUAGGAGAUUUUUUUGCUUUUUUUCAAAUUUGUUCGAAGCAACUUCAAAACAAUGAGGAAUCUCUGCAGCUGCCCCAAUAAACCAUUUAUUUGGACGGCAAUAAUAUUUAUUUUAAUGCCGGAUACGGUAGUGAAAAACAAAUAGACUGGGGUUGAGAAGAAAAAAACAAAAAAAAAAUUAAAAGCUCUUUUUUGGGAUUAAUUUUGCUCCAUUGAUAAUUUUAGAAUUUCUCUUUUUAAUAAGUCAUUUUUUUCAAUGAAUAUCCUUCUAAAGUCGACAUUCUAUGAUGAAUAUAUAAUAAUAACGCUACAGGAAGCUAUUUUUUUCCUCGUCUUCUUCGCUCCAAUGAUAAAUUUUUUUAAAAAUUUUUCAAAAAAAUUGAUAGCAUCAUUUUUUGGAAAGCCAUUUUUUUCUCAACCUUUCCUGCUCCAUUGAUAAUUUCAAGAUUAGGCAAUUUUUUUUUCAAUUUUUUUUAGCUGCAAAUAAAUUUUGAAGUUUUUAUGAUUUUCAAGUCCUAGAAGGCCUUACCCUAAAAUUCCUGAAAGCCACUCUUACUGAAAAAAAUUCUGAAACCCAUCCUCACCGUAAAGAAACCCUAACAUUGAAAAAUUCCAAAAAAAGCGAUUUCUUCAGACCUUCUUUGCUCCAUCGCUAAUUUUCCCCCAAUUUACAGUGCCUCGUCGUCACCGAACGUCAGAAGCUGAUGGCGGACCAGAUCAAGAUCAGAAGACGUCAGAGGAAAGACACGUUGAUGAACCUCACCAGGGAGCACAUCACCUCGACGCUGAACGCCGUCAACGCCGCCGCCGCCCUCAGUGCAGCUCCAGCUUUCAACUUUGGCAAUCUAGGAGCCUUAUUCUGUAAGAACUCCUCACUUGGAGCCUCUUUUCAAAGUCUUCUUUCAGACAACACGGCUCUGAAGACCCCUACGGCGCCGCUUCUCACGUCUCCGUCGACGUCCGACGCUUCUUACUCGCCGUCGCUGCAGUUCCCGUCGCCGACAUCGCUGCCCACGAUUUUGAUGCCGCCGUCGCCGGAAUCCAUGUCGCCGACGACCUCGCCGACCGUCGCGUCGACGCCGACCACCGCCUCGGCUCCACUCCUGGGCCCACUGGCCUUGAAUCCCGCGACGUUCACCUUCCCGCUGCUGUCGCAGCCGCAGUCGCAGCCGUCGGUCGUGUCGCCGGAAAACGCCGUGUUGAUCCAGACCUUGCUGGCUCAGUACCGACUUCUGGAGAGCUCCAACUUGCAGAACGCCGAGCAGCAGCAGCAGAACGACUGCGCCAAUAUGUUGAUCGAUGUUUGUGGUGUUUGA